AAUCCGUAGUAGGAUCUAAAUUAGCAGUGAAUUUCAAAGCAGGCUUCUGACAAAAUCCCGAUACCUGAGAAAGGAGCAGUACGUGUGUGAGUUAAAAACAGUGAGCAGUGUCUUAUUUCGUCGCAUCGGAAGUGCGCCACUUGAAAAAGCCCUACAAGGUCGGCUGAAGUGUACAGAGGCUAUUCAACCAACCACAAUGGCUUCGCUGGAUCAAAAGCGUGAGGCAUUCCGGAAGUAUCUCGAAUCUGCGGGUGCCAUCGAUUGUCUAAGCAAGGCGCUGAUUCGACUGUACCAGGAAGACCACAAACCAGAAGAUGCCUGCAAGUUCAUCCGGCAGGUACUGUGUGAAAACUGUCCCACGGAUGAGCAGGUCGCGGAAAGUAUGGAUGAGUUGGCCGCAGCCCGCAAACGGAUCCAGCAACUUGAGCGCGAAAAUCGUGGACUUGCGCUUAAUGUUCGUCGAACAGCUAGCGAAACCAAUCUGGCACUCGAUACCGGUCUGCAGGAGCUGGCAGAGGACGAAGGAUGCCAAUCGCUGUUGAAAACACAUCUCACCCAAGAGCUGCUCGAGCAGUUGAGGGUGGUGAAAACCCCGACCCUCAAAUCGACCCUGCUAGAUUGCGUCCAGUCGGGGUUGAAGAAUCGGGAUUCGCACGUUGGGCUGUAUGCGGCCGACCCGGAGGCAUACAGCGUGUUUGCCGAACUGUUUGACCCACUGAUCGUGGAGUAUCAUGGGGGGUUCGGUGCGGAGGAUAAACAGCCGGCACUCAGCUGGGGAGACCCGACGGAGCUGGAAAAUCCUGAUCCCGAGGGACAGUAUGUCGUUUCGACGCGUGUCCGCUGUGCCCGGUCCGUGGAAGAAUUCCCGUACCAUCCGCGUAUGCAGGAGGAUCAGUACGAAGCAAUCUACCAACAGGUGCAGGACGCAGUACAGAACCUGCCGGAUGAAUUGCAGGGAGAGCUUCAUCUGUUGGAAACGCUCGAUGCGGACAAAAAGUUGGAGUUGACCGAAGGACACUAUCUGUUCAAGGAGUGUGACCGUUUUCUGGCUGAAGCACAAGCCAAUCGGUUCUUCCCGGCUGGACGAGCCAUCCUUCUGAAUGAGGCGAAAACGUUCGUAAUGUGGGUGAAUGAGGAGGACCACUUGCGUAUUAUCUCCAUGCAGGAUGGUGCCGAUGUCGCGCAAGUGUACCAACGGUUCAUCACCGCGAUGGAAACGCUGGAGAAACAUAUUACCUUCCAACGCGACGAACGUCUCGGAUAUCUUACCUUCUGUCCGACCAAUCUCGGCACGGCAAUUCGUGCCUCGGUACACAUUCGCCUGCCGAAACUAAGCAGUGACAAGGCCCGAAUGGAGGAGGCAGCGGAUACUCACAAACUGCAGAUACGCGGUGUGCACGGUGAGCACACGGGCACCGACGAUGGCGUACUAGAUGUGUCGAACAAACGACGUCUUGGGCUGACGGAGUUUGAGGCGGUCAAGGAAAUGGUGGACGGUGUGAAGGCAUUGAUUGCGUUGGAAAAGGAGUUGGAAGCCGGUGGUACUGAAGCCGCCGGUGAGGCUGAGCCCGCAGCCGAAUAAGCUACUUUCGUGAAGGGAAACGAAGGGGAUCGACGUAUAUGGACACACAAUCUUACUUGUUGCUAUUUGGAAUAUUCGCCUUUCAAGCAAAAUUGCUUCAGCUAGUCGUUCUGCUAGUACAAUCAAUGUCGGGGAUACCAUUAUGUUCAUGUUACUCUGACUCUAGCUUCAGUUGCG